AGAGCUGAAUUAGGCAGAGCGACAUGGAAGUUCCUUCACACUAUGAUGGCUAGAUACCCCGAAACACCCUCAGCAGAACAACGACAAACAUUACAUGACUUUCUGUUUUUAUUUUCAAGAUUAUAUCCAUGUGGUGAAUGUGCUAUACAUUUUAGUAACAUGCUGAAACUCUAUCCGCCACAAACAUCAUCCAGAUUGGCAGCCUCAGAAUGGCUAUGUGCUAUACAUAACAAAGUCAACGAAAGGCUUCAUAAACCGAUUUUCGAUUGUAAAGACAUCAUAUCACAGUAUCCCUGUGGAUGUAGCGACGGAACCGAUAAUGUAGAAUCCACAUUAAAUAUACCAGAUGCUGCGCUUAAUUAA